GUCGAUAGCGUUCGUCGUCAACUCCGUUUCGACAUGGCGCCGAAUAGGAGCUGGAACCAGCAGCAAUCGGCCCAUUCCCAGGCGCUCACCGCCUUCUUCCAGGCCAACAGCCGCGUCAAAGAUUACCAGGCACACUCGUCGAAAGUUCACUCCGUCAACUGGAGUUGCGAUGGCCGCCGCCUGGCCUGCGGCAGCUUUGACAAGACCGUCAGCAUCUUCGUCUUGGACAAGGAUCGCAUGGCGAAGGACCACGUCUUCAAAGGUCACGGAGACAGCGUCGACCAACUGUGCUGGCACCCUUCGAACCCGGACCACUUGGCAACGGCAAGCUUGGACAAAACUGUCCGGUUGUGGGAUGCACGGACACAAAAGUCGAUAGCCGUGGUUGGCACUAAAGGCGAGAACAUCAACAUCUGCUGGGCACCCGAUGGGCAGACAAUUGCUGUCGGAAACAAGGAAGACUUGGUGUCCUUCAUUGACGUCCGAUCUCACAAGGUCCGCACGGACCAGCAGUUCAAGUUUGAGGUCAACGAGAUCUCUUGGAACAACACCAACACACACUUCUUCCUCACCAGUGGCCAGGGUUGCAUCCACAUUCUCAGCUACCCUGACCUACAGCUGCAAACGGUACUCAAUGCUCAUCCGGCCAACUGCAUCUGCAUCGAGUUUGAUCCGACGGGCAAGUACUUUGCCACGGGCAGCGUGGAUGCCCUGGUCAGUCUUUGGGACGUCCAAGAGUUGGCCUGCCUCCGGACGUUCUCUCGGUUGGAGUGGCCAGUGCGAACCAUCAGCUUCAGCUACGAUGGCAAAAUGUUGGCAUCUGCAUCGGAAGAUCUGCUUAUUGACAUUGCCGACGUGGAAACUGGGGAAAAGAUCUUUGAAGUACCCUGCGAGUCGCCCACCUUCACCAUAGCAUGGCACCCAAAGCGCCACCUGCUGGCAUUCGCCUGCGACGAUAAGGGGGAGCGCGAUCAAGACGCAGGAACGGUGAAGCUCUUUGGCCUGCCCAGUUCGUCGUGAGCGAUUAUCAGCGAUGUGUCACUCGGUACGUCAUUUGUAAAUAAAUAAAAAAACAUUCACAUUCACACAAAGCAA